CUGAUAAAUGCUUUGCUUUUAGUUGAAGCAUAAACAGCAAAACUUUGUCCAUGCAUACAUUUUUAUUAAUUAGCUUAAAUUAUGUUAUUUUAAAAAGAUAUUUUUUUUAUCAAAUUUUAAUUGAAUCGAUAGUGAAUGCAGUGCAGGACAGUAACCGAUUUGUCCACAACACUCUUUUUUUUUUUUCCUAGGCCUCAAAAGAACGGUUAUUUAACUGCUAUCCGUUUCCUCAAUGGACAAGCCUUUUCGAGUGAUACAAUUUUUAAAUUUUUAUUAACUCUUUCAGAAAAACCAUCGAUAAAACACCCCACCUUGCUUUUAUCUGUUUUUUUAGUCAUUUGGUGGCAGUAGGAGAGCGAAAUCAGUCUUUUGGUGAAUCUGAGAAGUGGGAUUUGCAGCAAGUUGGUUCUGGAUUUCUGUCCUUUUCUCUUUCCUUUUCUUGGUUUCGUUGCUUGUGUGUGGAUAUUUGUUUUGUGACUUGAAGUGGUUAAAGGUGGGGGGGUGUUUGGUUUUCUUGCAGGAAGUAGGUGGGACUGUUUCUGAGAUGGGUUUAUAGUGGAAUUGUGAAGAUCUAGGUGGUUUUCGAGUGUGAAGAGAUAUGGAACCCCCGAAGGAGAUUUUGUCUUCUUUAUGGAACUUUAUUAUUUUUCUGCCUUUCUUCUUUGGGCUUCUGGUUCUUGGGACCAUUAAAGGUGUUGUUUUCUGCCCGUUGGUAUGCCUUAUCAUGACCAUUGGAAACUCUGCUAUAAUACUGGGUCUUUGGCCACUGCAUAUUGUCAAGACAUAUUAUUCAAUUUUGAGAACUAAACAUAUAGGGCCAGUUCUGAAGAUUGUGCUAUGUAUAUGCCUACCAGCUACCCUGAUUCUGUGGCUAGUUCUUGGCAUUGUUGGGAGUAUCAUAGGUGGAGCACUCUAUGGGUUUCUUUCACCAAUAUUUGCCACUUUCGAUGCUGUUGGAGAAAGGAAGACUAAUAUGCUUUACCAUUGUUUUUAUGAUGGAACUUUGGACACUGUAAAAGGCAGUUUCACCGUUGUCAGAGACUUUGGAGAUGUUUGUUAUCAUUCUUACUUCUCAAUUUUGGAUGACCUGCGGCAAGGGGCCCCAGAUGUGAAAUAUUAUGAAAUCAGAUUGCUUCCUCUUCCCGGUGCUAUUAUUGCUGGUUCACUUGGUAUCUUUUUUGACUUUCCGCUGGUCUCACUUAUUGCCAUCUACAAAAGCCCAUACAUGCUUUUUAAGGGGUGGCAUCGAUUGUUUCAUGACCUCAUAGGGCGUGAAGGCCCUUUCUUGGAGACGAUAUGUGUACCUUUUGCAGGCCUUGCUAUCCUCCUCUGGCCAUUGGCUGUUGUUGGGGCUGUUUUGGGUUCCAUGGUAUCAAGUAUCUUCCUUGGUGCUUAUGCAGGCGUGGUUGUUUAUCAGGAGUCCUCUUUUUGGUUCGGGCUUUGCUAUAUUGUCGCAUCCUUGGCCAUUUAUGAUGAGUACAGCAACGACAUUCUUGACAUGCCAGAAGGAUCUUGCUUUCCAAGGCCCAAAUACCAAAAGGAUCCCAAGCCGACAAAGACCACCUCCCGUGCAGAUUCCUUUUCAGGGUCCACAUCUGUUCGAAAUCCUCCUUCCCGCGGAGUUUCAUUCAAUCACCCUAUGGUUGAUCUUAAGCCACUUGAGCUACUUGAUCGCAUAUUUAAAGAGUGCCAACACCAUGGUGAGAUUUUUGUUUCUGAAGGACUGAUAACACAACAAGACAUUGACGAUGCAAAGUCUGGCAAGGGUAGCAGAGUGAUUAGCAUUGGUUUACCAGCUUAUUGCAUUCUUCAGGCACUGUUGCGCUCCGUAAAGGCCAAUUCUGUGGGAAUUUUGUUGACUGAUGCAGGCGACAAUGUCACUGAGAUAACUAGCACAAACAGACCGAAAGAUACCUUCUAUGAGUGGUUUCUAAACCCCUUUUUGAUCAUCAAAGACCAGAUUAAAGCAGAAAACCUUUCUGAGGAAGAAGAGGGAUAUCUCGGCAGAUUAGUAUUGUUGAAUGGUGAUCCCACAAAGUUGAAAAGUUUAAAUAGUGGUCCACCACCUGAGUCUGAACGUAAACGUGCUGAACUCGAUGCGCUAGCUCGAAGGCUUCAAGGGAUUACCAAAUCUGUCUCGAGGUAUCCUACUUCAAGACGUAACUUUGACCAUCUUGUCAAGAACUUAUCAGAAAAUCUAGCUAAGAAGAAUGGUGAGAUCAAAGCAAUCAACGUAAUUCCGAGAUCAAAAAGCGCCUUUGCCAGGAUGUUUAGCUCGAACUCUUUUAAAAAGAAAACAAGCUAUCAUGGUUCUUCUGAUCAAGAGACAGAAUCAAUUUCCACAAGGAAUGUGGAAAUUGUAUGACGAGUGAUGUUUGAUGUGAGCUGUUGUUGUAUCAUUUCCAUUUUUAGCAACGGAAGAGUGCAUAGUUGAUCUUAGCUAUAUCUUCCUACUUUAUGUUCAUAUCUUUACCUUGUCAUUGCUGACACCCGAGAGCUAUUUUGUUUUGAUAAACAUAUAUUCAUCAUACUGGGUUGUCUUCCCAAAAAUUAGUAUUCCAGAACUAAUUAGAAAUCAUCAUUUCUAACCA